AGUGUAGUGCACAGUUUGCCCGUGUCCGUGCUACAGUAACGUCCAUCGUGCAAGACGCUCGUGUGUUUAGGAUUAUUAUUAUUGUGUUCCUGUACUCAAACACACGAUGAUCAGCAAAACGGCGCUUUUGCUGUUGGCUUUUAUUCCUCUCUCCGCCGGAUGGUUCACGAUGUUUGAUUCAACCUGUGACAUGAUAAAAUCCCAGCUGCAGCUCAUCGACGAUACAGUUACCAACACGGCCAGAAUUAUCGUUCCGACACAAUCCUUCUAUUUCAACUGCGAGACAAACUGCAAACUACAAAAGCUGCUGAAAGAAUAUGAACAAAUUCUGACCGUACAGCGUCAGUACCACAACCAGAUGACGUCGUUUGUGCAGAGUAAGCGCAAGCAGUUUGGCGUACCGGCCGAAGGGCUGCAGGAUAACGCAGCGCAGCUGGAAAAAGUGUUCCGCGUCGUUAACGAUCGAAACACCUUUCACCAGCGUCAGGUGGACGAGCAGAAGCUCCAGAACCAGAACGUGACAGCCGAGCUCGCGGAGCCACUAAAACUGCUACAGCAGGAGCAGCGACGCAACCAACUGCUGCAGGCUAAGCUAGUUGAGCUCUCUACCACGAUAAGCCAGAUGGAAACGGAAAAUAAGAAGCUUCAGGCUAAGAUAAACGAUAAUCCAACCAGCGUACAAGGCUAACAGCGAAUGAAGGUGUAGUUAAUUAAUGAAUAAAAGUUUACCAUCGAAAAAUGAAACACUGCUCCUUUAUUUAAAUGCAUUUUUAACAUACCCAUUAAGCCACUUCUGUACCAUGCACACUUCACAGUCUCUUAUCAAAGCGUCGCACCAAUUCUAUCAACACGCUUUCAGCAGUAAUACAAACAAACAGACCGGGAGUCAUCAGUACGGGAAUUCCCUGUUUUGGCGAGGAAAUAAAGAGCCGGGAUUCACACAGCUCCUCCUCAGCCGCAUCGAUAAUCUUAAGGUCAUCGUUUGUUUAUGGUGCAAAGUGUCGAGGAUGUACUAGUGGCAUGAAAUAGAAACAACCACUGUAUCAGUAACCAGUGUGGGGUCACUCAAUCCGGAGCUGCUCGCUCAGUAGCUACUUGAUCGCGAUGGCAGUCACAUCUACAUUCCUGGUACUGCUAUUCUUCACUGCGACUAUCAGCAGCGGGUUGGCUGUGACGCGAUGUAAACCCCACGUGGAUAUCUUUGAAGCUGUCCAGUCACUCCUGGCAACAUCGGCCAGCAAUUAUAAAACAGAGUACUCAUCGGAAUACAGUGAAGCCCACAACACACUGGUACGCAUACUGGAGCGACAGCAAACCGAUCUUGACCGACUUACCACAGCGGCCCGAUCGAUGGAAACGCUCACCAACGACAAACUGCAACAGUACGGCCUAAGUCGCAAGCUGACUUUCGAUGGUCGCCCUGCCAACGACAUCGAUACGUUGAGAGACACAUUCCACCGGCUGGAUGAAGAGAAUGAUGAUGUGCUGCGUGUGCUGGAGCAACAUCGACAGGAGCACGUCGAGCGACAGCAAGAGCUAGAUGAUCUGGUCAAACAACUCGAACAUCUGCACCACGGCAAUAUUGCGCUGGAGAAAAACAUCAAGGAGCGAAAUGAAACGCUCACCAAAACACUUGCCACCAACGUGAAACUGGAGCGAAUCGUCAAAGAGCGUGGACUGCAAUAAUGUGUACAGGUUGCGAUCGGUUGUGCUUUGUAAUGGACGAGAGUAUACACAGUGUUAUCAAAAGCAGUUUACAACUAUAAAUAAAAAAAUGUAUCCUCUAA